GUUAAAUCUCCAAACACACACAAACGGGCUUGAGAGUAUGACAGCACGGGAGUGCGCUUUAUUAAGACUGCCAAAACUUCCAGGAAACCUUUUACCAGAGAAAACAUGGACCUAAGGAUCUAACUUAUUCAUGUUACCAUGAGAAUAAAACGCGGGACAAGCAGAAAGCUUUUAAGAAGGACUUUUAUCUCUGGGACUCUGGCAAAGGUGCGCGCUCGUUUUCGGGACAUCAGUGAAACGCAGCCUUAAUGUUUUUAAAUCUGUUUUUUUAGCGGUUUAGUGUUAAUGAAUGAGAGUUUCUAGUCAGCUAUGUCGUUCCCGGCUCCCGUGGAGACGCGAAAGUUCACCCGCGCGCUCAGUAAACCGGGCACGGCGGCGGAGCUACGGCAGAGCGCGUGUCAAGCGGUCAGGACGUCAGUGUUGGUGGUGAAGCCGCGUGUGGUGGAGCCUCUUGACUAUGAAAAUGUGCUCAUACAGAAGAAGACUCAGAUCCUCAGUGAUGCACUCAGAGACAUGCUGCAGUUUCCUCUGGAGGAUUUUCAGAUUUCUACACUGUCACGGCAUAACCGAACUCUUUACUCAUCUGUACCAGCACACGCUGUGAGAGAAGCCCAGAUCCUGUUUGUGCAAGAGUGCAUUAAGACUUACAUCUCUGACUGGCAUGUGGUGAAUUACAAAUAUGAAGAUUAUUCCAGUGACUUCCGUCAACUUCCCUUAAAAGUGUCAAGACCUGAUAAUUUAGCACUGCAUGUGUUUGAGGUGGAUGAAGAUGUGGACAAAGAUGAGGACACAUCCUCGCUGGGUUCUCAGAAGGGCGGCAUCAUCAAACAGGGUUGGCUAUACAAGGGCAAUGUGAACAGCGCUAUCAGCGUCUCUAUGAGGUCGUUCAAAAGGAGGUAUUUUCACCUCACUCAGCUGGGUGACGGCUCGUAUAAUCUCAACUUCUACAAGGAUGAAAAGAUCAACAAAGAACCAAAAGGAACCAUCUUUCUGGAUUCCUGCAUGGGCGUUGUGCAGAAUAACCGUGUACGGCGGUUCGCCUUCGAGCUGAAGAUGCAGGAUAAGAGUGAAUAUGUAUUGGCUGCAGACUCCGAAACUGAGAUGGACGACUGGAUCUGCACCCUCAACAAAAUCCUCAAUAGCAGCUUUGAACUCGCCAUGCAAGACAAGAGAAAUGGAGAUUCACACGACGAUGAUGAGCAGAGCAGAAGUGAUCACUCCUCCAGCAGUAUGGAUAGUUUUCAGAGUGCCAGAGACAUCGAGAGCAAGAUGAGGAAUGAGACACGAUUGAAACUCUUUACACUGGACCCAGAUUUACAGAAACUGGAUUUCUCUGGAAUCGAGCCUGAAGUGAAACCGUUCGAGGAAAAGUUUGGGAAGCGGAUCUCGGUGAACUGCAACGAUCUGUCCUUUAACCUCCAGAGCUGUGUGGCAGAAAAUGAAGAAGGACCCACUACUAAUGUGGAGCCGUUCUUCGUCUCUUUGUCGUUGUUUGAUAUUCAGAGCGGUCGUAAGAUCUCCUCAGAUUUUAACGUGGACAUGAAUCAUCCGUCUGUGAAAGCCAUGCUGCCUCCAUCAGGAGCGUCCGACAGCCCUCAGGGAGCUCGGUCUUCAGCUACAGCAGAUGGCAGUAUACAGUAUCCACGACAGGGAGUGUUUUCAGUGACCUGUCCACACCCGGACAUCUUCCUGGUGGCGCGGAUCGAGAAGGUUUUACAGGGUGGAAUAACUCAUUGUGCUGAACCUUACAUGAAAAACUCAGACUCUGCUAAGAGUGCUCAAAAGGUUUUGAAGAAUGCUAAGAUGGCCUGCAGUCGGCUGGGUCAGUACCGCAUGCCAUUCGCUUGGGCUGCUAGGCCUUUGUUUAAGGACACCUCUGGGACGGUGGAUAAGAUCGGCCGAUUCUCCGCUCUCUACAGACAGGACAGCAACAAACUCUCCAAUGAGGACAUGUUCAAACUCCUCGCAGACUUCCGCAAGCCAGAGAAGAUGGCCAAGCUGCCUGUGAUUUUGGGUAAUUUGGAUGUUACGGUGGAUAAUGUUGCACCAGAUCUGACCAAUUGUGUCACCUCCUCCUAUCUUCCUCUCCGUCAGACUGAUGGUGUAGACCGGGGUAAGGUGGCGUUUGAGGUGGAGGAGUUUGUGCCGUCCAUUGCCAAAUUUUCUCAGCCCUUCACAACUUACAACAACCACCUGUACGUUUAUCCACGACAGCUGAAAUAUGACAGCCAGAAAACCUUCACCAAGGCCAGAAACAUUGCUCUGUGUAUUGAAUUCAGAGACUCUGAUGAAGAGGAUGCACUCCCACUACAGUGUAUUUAUGGGCGUCCAGGAGGACCUCUGUUCUGUAAGAGAAUGUUUGCUGCUGUUCUCCAUCACCAACAGAACCCAGAGUUUUAUGAUGAGUUUAAGAUCGAGUUGCCGGCUCAGCUGACAGACAAACAUCAUCUUCUCUUUACCCUGUAUCACAUCAGCUGUGAAAGCAACAGUAAAGCCAGCACGAAGAGACGAGAGCAGAUCGAGACACAAGUGGGUUACGCCUGGCUACCCCUGCUGAAAGACGGCAGAAUAAUGGUAAAUGAACAGCAGAUCGCGGUGGCCGCAAACCUUCCUGCCGGAUAUCUGAGUUAUCAUGACAACAGCGGCAAGCAGCACACGGCUCAAGAGCUGAAGUGGGUGGAUGGGGGGAAGCCACUGCUGAAAAUCUCUACACAACUGGUGUCUACUGUUUACACACAGGAUCAACACCUGGACAACUUCUUUCAUCACUGUGAAAGUAUUGCAGUCACGGGCCAAUCAGGAGGCGAGCUGGUCAAAUACUUAAAGAGUCUGCAUGCCAUGGAGGCUCACGUGAUGGUGAAGUUUCUGCCCACUAUUCUGAAUCAGUUGUUUCGUGUGCUGAUCAUCAGUAGUCAGGAAGAUGUGGCUGUUAAUGUCACCAGGGUGAUGAUCCAUAUCGUGGCUCAGUGUCAUGAAGAAGGUUUGGAGCGUUUUUUGCGUUCGUAUGUAAAGUAUGUAUUGAAGGCUGAGACAAAUCUGACCGACUGUAAAACCCUUCACGAGGAGCUGACCAAAGCCAUGACGACCAUCCUCAAACCCUCAACUGAUUUUCUCACCAGUAAUAAACUGAUGAAGUACUCCUGGUAUUUUUUUGAAGUUUUAGUAAAGUCUAUGGCUCAGUAUCUGAUCGAGACCGGCAAGGUUAAGAUGUCCAGAAACCAGCGUUUCUCUUUUUCGUUCUGUCACGCUGUGGAGACUUUAGUGACCAUGCUGAUGCCUCACAUCACUCAGAAAUACAAAGACAAUCUAGAAGCUACACGAAACGCCAAUCACAGCCUUGCUGUUUUUAUUAAGCGCUGUUUUACCUUCAUGGACAGAGGGUUUGUCUUUAAACAAAUCAACAACUACUUUAACUGCUUCAUGCCUGGAGACUCAAAGACUCUGUAUGAGUUUAAGUUUGAGUUUCUUAGGGUGGUCUGUAAUCAUGAGCACUACGUCCCGCUCAACCUGCCCAUGCCGUUUGGGAAAGGACGGAUCCAGCGCUUUCAAGAUCUUCAGCUGGAUUACACACUUACAGAUGAUUUCUGUAGGAAUCACUUCCUGGUUGGGCUCUUACUAAGAGAAGUGAGUGGAGCUCUACAGGAGUUCAGAGACAUCCGUCAGAUUGCUAUACAGGUGCUGAAGAAUCUGAUGAUCAAACACGCCUUCGAUGAUCGUUACGCCUCUAAGGCUCAACAGGCUCGCUUGGCUACGCUGUACCUGCCUCUGUUCAGUUUGAUGCUGGAGAACGUCCACAGACUCAACAUCACAGACACGACGACGACAAGUCCUGUUACAAACCACACUAAUGGUAAUGGCCGUGAGGAUUCGGUCACAAUGUUGACGCCUACAAAAAAUUUGAGCAAUGUGAUGGACAACAGCUUGAACAAAGAGCCAGCGUCUCCUCACACUCCUCUAGUGAACUCUGUACGACACACGGACUCACAUGGUUCCCUCAUUAGGACAGAUUCGGGAAACAGCCUAUCAGAACGCAGCAUUGACAAGCUACACCCCCUGGACAAGCAUCAUGUCGCUGGAGUUCUGAGCGGCUCUUUGCUUCGCUAUGAUAAACUGGAUCAGUCUGAGGUGAAGAACAUGUUAAUGUGCUUCCUGCAUGUUCUCAAGAGCAUGUCUGAAGAUGCUCUGUUCAACUACUGGAAUAAAGCUUCACCCACAGACCUGAUGAACUUCUUCAGUCUCCUGGAAGUGUGUCUUCAUCAGUUCAGAUAUAUGGGGAAGAGACACAUCGCCAGGAGUUUGGAGGGAUCAGGUCCCGUGGUACAAGAGCGACGCUCUCAGACUCUCCCUGUGUCCCGGGGCAGGACAGGACUCAUGCAUGCACGACUGCAACAGCUCAACAGUCUGGAUAAUUCUUUAACCUAUAACCACAGUUACAGUCAUUCAGAUGCUGAUGUGUUGAAUCAGUCUCUGUUGGAGGGAAAUAUUGCCACAGAAGUGUGUCUGACGGUUCUGGACACAUUGAGCAUCUUCGUCAUGGGGUUUAAGACUCAGCUCAGUCUAGAUCACGGUCAUAAUCCGCUCAUGAAGAAAGUCUUCCAGGUUCAUCUUUGCUUUUUACAAAUUAACCAAUCAGAGACGGCUCUCAGACAGGUCAUCACCUCCCUGCGCACGUUCAUCUACAAGUUUCCAUGCACAUUUUUCGAGGGUCGUGCAGAUAUGUGUGCAUCCUUCUGCUAUGAGAUUCUGAAGUGUUGUAAUUCCACGCUAAGCUCCAUCCGCAGCGACGCGGCUCAUCUGCUCUACUUUCUCAUGAAGAGCAACUUCGACUACACGGGAAGAAGGUCCUUCGUCCGCACGCACCUGCAGGUGGUCAUAGGUGUCAGUCAGCUCAUCGCUGAUGUCAUUGGAAUAGGAGGGACGAGGUUUCAGCAGUCACUGUCUGUAAUCAACAGCUGCGCUAACAGCGACAGAACAAUCAAAAACACGGCAUUCCCGUCUGACGUGAAGGACCUGACGAAGAAGAUCCGAACGGUUCUGAUGGCCACGGCUCAGAUGAAGGAACACGAGAGAGACCCGGAGAUGCUGGUGGACCUGCAGUACAGCCUUGCCAAAUCAUACGCCAGCACUCCUGAACUUCGCAAGACAUGGCUGGACAGCAUGGCCCGAAUCCACGUGAAGAACGGAGACCUCUCUGAGGCAGCCAUGUGUUACGUGCAUGUUGCAGCACUGGUGGCAGAGUAUCUGCGGAGGAAAGGGAUGUUUAAACAGGGAUGCUCUGCAUUCAGAGUAAUCACACCAAACAUCGAUGAAGAGGCAUCUAUGAUGGAGGACGUUGGCAUGCAAGACGUUCACUUUAAUGAGGAUGUUCUGGUCGAGCUUUUGGAAGAAUGUGCUGAUGGAUUGUGGAAAGCAGAGCGAUAUGAGCUCAUCUCUGACAUCUAUAAACUCAUAAUACCCAUUUAUGAGAAACGCAGAGACUUUGAGAAACUGGCUCACCUGUAUGAAACAUUACACCGUGCCUACAGUAAAGUAACAGAGGUCAUGCAUACGGGCAAACGUUUGCUCGGGACGUAUUUCAGAGUGGCGUUCUUUGGUCAGGGCUUCUUUGAGGAUGAGGAUGGUAAAGAAUACAUUUACAAAGAGCCCAAAUUUACCCCACUGUCAGAGGUCUCACAAAGACUCCUGAAACUCUAUUCAGACAAGUUUGGAGCCGAGAAUGUCAAAAUGAUCCAGGAUUCUGGCAAGAUUAAUCCAAAGGAUUUAGAUUGUAAAUAUGCCUACAUUCAAGUGACUCACGUGAGUCCGUUCCUGGAGGAGAAAGAGCUGCUGGAAAGGAAAACUGAUUUCGAGAGGAGCCACAACAUCCGCCGCUUCGUCUUUGAGAUGCCCUUCACUGUAUCAGGCAGAAAACAGGGUGGAGUGGAGGAGCAGUGCAAGCGCAGGACAAUACUCACUGCCACACACUGUUUCCCGUAUGUAAAGAAGCGUAUUGCAGUGAUGUAUCAACAUCAUGUGGAUCUGAAUCCCAUCGAGGUGGCCAUUGAUGAGAUGAGUAAGAAGGUGCUGGAGAUCAGACAGCUGUGUUCCUGCAGUGAUGUGGACAUGAUUCAACUACAGCUUAAACUACAGGGCAGCAUCAGUGUCCAGGUCAACGCUGGACCUCUUGCAUACGCCAGGGCGUUCCUGGAUGAUUCCAGCACAAAGAAAUACCCCGACAAUAAAGUAAAACUGCUGAAAGAAGUCUUCCGGCAGUUUGUGGAGGCCUGUGGUUUGGGUUUAAGCAUAAAUGAACGACUGAUUAAAGAAGAUCAGCAGGAAUAUCAUGAUGAGAUGAAGGCCAACUACAGAGAUCUCACCAAAGAGCUGGCUGCUAUAAUGCAUGAGCCGAUCAGUCCAUAUGAUGAAGGGAUGAGGAGUCCGAUUCCAGAUACUCUGCACAUCUUUAAUGCCAUCAGUGGAACACCGACCUCAGCCACGAUCCAGGGCCUGUCUAACACUUCUUCAGUGGUGUGAACCUUCAGAUAUGACCUCAUGACCUUUCACCCCGUCACAGACAGCAGCUGUAGCUUCACACCUUUUCCAGAUGUUCCUGUUGAUGUUAGUCACGCACAUCUGCACAUGAGGAAGGGAGAGGAGUGUGGUGAAGUUUCACAUACUGUUUCCUGUGGAGACAUCAUCAAUAAAAUAAACAUUUACAUUUUUUCUGUUGACAUUCUUACUGAUGGCCAAAGCAGCGAGAGGACAGAGAACGACCCUGAGUCAACAGUGGAAUGAUGCAAAAUGACGAAAGUUAGGCUUAAACUCACACCCUCCAUAUGAGCAGCCAAUCUUAAUGCCUCUAUGUAUUUUCACUAAGUGAUAAGGCUUUAUGAUCUGCUAAUAAUUUUGUAUAUUUUUCUUUUAUAUUUUUUCAAUCUGCUCAAGUGUUUUACGUUUUUAUCUUUUUUUUAAUGACGGACUGAACUGUACUUUGCCCUUAUUCUCUGCUAGUUUGAUAUCUGAGAGAUAUGAGUCCCACGUGAAGCCAUCAUAUCUUGAGCCAUUUAUCUAUGCGAGAGUAAUUGAUAAAUAGCAGCACGUUAAGUGGGCGUGGAAUUUGUGCUUUCACUGCAUGUGACACACUGGAAGAGGGGCGGGGCUUAUGCAAACACAUGUGCUAAUGUUCAAAUCUAUGUAUCAAAUAUUUUUGUACUAUAGGACACAGUUGAAUGUGAUAUUGUUUUUAUCUUUAUUUAACAUUUCCUGCUCUACUGUAUUUAAAAUUUCUAAUGCUUCAUUUUUAGAAUAAAACUCAAAUUCCUA